AUGCCAUCGUCAAUAUUUAUAUCUAACUUUCGGCUGAGCAAAGAGGCGUUUAUGUACGUGCUUGGUAACAUAAAGGACAAAUUGGAAGGUCGUAUUUCAUCAUCCAUACCACCAAUCCUGAAAUUGUGCUGCGCUUUAAGGUUUUUUGCACAUGCGAGUUACCAGGAGGCCAUAGGAAAUGAAUUUCAAUUGGGCCUAGCCCAAUCCUCUGUUUCGGUAGUUCUGAGGGAGGUUUUUCCAAUUUUGGAAUCUGAACUUUGCAGCCGAUGGAUCAAAGCAGAUAUGACCGAAGAAGAAAAGCAACAGAUACGAAGCAAAUUCUAUUCAAGGUCUGGAAUGCCCAACGUGAUGAAUGGAACACAUGUUGGAAUUAUUGCUCCUCACAAUGACAAACACCUAUAUUUAAACAGGAAAGGCUUUUUUAGCAUAAAUGCCAUGAUUGCUUGCGAUUAUGACAUGAACAUCCGAUGUGUUGAUGCCAGAUAUGCAGGAUCUACCCACGAUUCUUUUGUGUGGAACAACAGUUCAUUAAAUGCAUUUUUACAAAGUCAGUACGAAAAUGGGGAUCAAAACCAUGAUUCAAUAAUAAAAGGUUUGCUCAAAAAGCAGACCUAAAAUUUAACUGUUUAACUGUUAACACCUUUUCGAAAAGCGGACUCAGGGAGUAGACAGUCAUUAUAUAAUAAGAAACAUGCGAAGGCAAGAAACGUUGUUGAACGGACGAUUGGAGUGUUGAAGGCUCGUUUUCGCUGUCUCCUCAGUGAGCGCAAAUUGCGCUACACACCUACGAAAGUGACCACGAUUAUAAACAUAUGCUGUGCUUUGCACAAUAUCUGUAAAAAAUUUAAAAUGUGUGAUCCAGACGAAUCUGAGAUUUUUAUUGACGCCGUUGUACCAUCGGAACCAGUUAGUGAAAAUUCCGGUGGUACACCCGGAGAACGUCGCAGAAGAGAGAUAGCUGAUGCAUUAUUAUAA